UUGAACAUUGCAUAAAAUAAUUGAAUGUAUAAUAUAAUUUGACACGUUCUUUAUAUCGAUUAAACUUUUAUACGAAUUUAUUAUUCCACGCGUGAUUAAAUUUUUAUAAAAAUGUAUAUUGUCGAUGUUUCUCAACGUGCACUCGAGAAUUCAAACAAAUUAGAGGAUUCCAUAUGUAAAGACGGAUACUUGCAACCAGAAAGAGCUCGUUCUACGUUAUAUCAUCAACCUUAUAAGAGACCAACCUUAAAACUCGAGUCAGAGACGACGUAUAAUUUGUCUUACUCAAAAUUGAGUUUUAUUCCUCAACCAAGGACUAGUUUUGCAAAAUACGAGAAAAUGUUAACGACAAAACCCGGAAAAAUGGAAUCUGAUACGAUAUAUAAGCUCUCGUAUCUUCCUUCAACUACGAAAAAACGGAAACCCUUUAUUCCAAGAACAAAUUUGUCUAUUCAUGGUUAUCAUGAUAUGACAACCAUUAACAAAACGUCUUAUUUAAAUCCUGGAUACGUAAGAACGAUUUCUUUCAAACCGUAUCAAAGUAAACUUCAACAAUCGAUACCGAUGGAUUCUACAACAGUAAUGAAGGAAUCUUAUCAAUAUACACCUGUUGAUGUCAAGAGACCACGGAAACGAGAAUUUUGGCAGACUAAGUUCAAGCCAGAUUAUGGAACUACGAAUAAAUUGUCGUAUCAAUAUGUAGAACCGCUUAAGAAGAGAAUUCGCGUAUUCUACAAACCGGUUAUCACCGCUAAAAUUGAAAGAGACACGAUUUAUAAUACGAGUUAUCAGCUUCCAGGUCGCUGCAUAACUAAAUAGAUUAUGAUAGUCUUUUAUAUUGAAUUAUGCAAUAUCUCAGGAAAAAGAUAAACAUUUUUUUAUUAUAAAUUCUUUCAAUUACGAUUAAUAUAUUUACCCUGCAUCUGCUUGCAUGAAGAUGGGCAUAUUUUCUGCAUUAGCAGAGGAGCCAAGUACGCAUACAACUUCUCCAUAAUCUUGCAUAAUGUGCAACAUUUCCCUUGUAACAGCGGUGUUGCAAUCGGUGAACAGAGAUACCAAAAGGGGUACAUUGUCUAUUAAUUCUAUGUGUGGUCGAAUCUUAUCGAUGCCUCGA